AACUGGCCAAGCUGGGAGGAAAGAAGAAAGGGAGGGGAGGGGAGAAUCGAGGACGGCCGGCCUAGGCAGGCCAAGAAUGCAAUUGCCCUGGUGGUGGGAGCUAGGAGACCCUUGUGCUUGGACGGGACAGUGUCGGGGGACACGCAGGAUGAGCCCCGCGACCACUGGCACCUUCUUGCUGACAGCUUUUUUAUUAAGCUGUGCUGAUGGCAUAAAUGGAACAGUUAACUGGAAGACCAAACAGGCCAACAGUUUUAUUAUCAGCAGAAAAAUGACUGCUGGGAAGAAAGAUGUGUACACUAUUUUCUCCAAGGUGCACUCUGAUCGGAAUGUCUACCCAUCUGCAGGUGUCCUCUUUGUUCAUGUUUUGGAAAGAGAGUAUUUUAAGGGGGAAUUUCCACCUUACCCAAAACCUGGCGAGAUUAGUAAUGAUCCCAUAACAUUUAACACAAAUUUAAUGGGUUACCCAGACCGGCCUGGAUGGCUUCGAUAUAUCCAAAGGACACCAUAUAGUGAUGGAGUCCUAUAUGGGUCUCCAACGGCUGAAAAUGUGGGGAAACCAACAGUCAUUGAGAUAACUGCCUACAAUAGGCGUACCUUUGAGACUGCAAGGCAUAAUUUGAUAAUUAAUAUAAUGUCAGCAGAAGACUUCCCGUUACCAUAUCAAGCAGAAUUCUUCAUUAAAAAUAUGAACGUAGAAGAAAUGUUGGCCAGCGAGGUUCUCGGAGACUUUCUUGGGGCCGUGAAAAAUGUGUGGCAGCCAGAGCGUCUGAACGCCAUAAACAUCACAUCAGCUCUAGACAGGGGCGGCAGGGUUCCGCUUCCCAUCAAUGACAUGAAGGAGGGCGUUUAUGUCAUGGUUGGUGCCGAUGUCCCAUUUUCUUCUUGUUUACGAGAAGUUGAAAAUCCGCAGAAUCAAUUGAGAUGCAGUCAAGAAAUGGAGCCUGUAAUAACAUGUGAUAAAAAAUUUCGUACUCAGUUUCACAUCGACUGGUGCAAAAUUUCGUUGGUUGAUAAAACAAAGCAAGUGUCCACCUAUCAGGAAGUGAUUCGUGGAGAAGGGAUUUUACCUGAUGGUGGAGAAUACAAACCCCCUUCCGAUUCUUUGAAAAGCAGAGACUAUUACACGGAUUUCCUAAUUACACUGGCUGUGCCCUCGGCAGUAGCAUUGGUCCUUUUUCUAAUACUUGCUUAUAUCAUGUGCUGCCGACGGGAAGGAGUGGAAAAGAGAAACAUGCAAACACCAGACAUCCAACUGGUCCAUCAUAGUGCUAUUCAGAAAUCUACCAAAGAACUUCGUGACAUGUCCAAGAAUAGAGAGAUAGCGUGGCCCCUGUCAACACUUCCUGUGUUUCACCCUGUGACUGGGGAAAUCAUACCUCCUCUACACGCAGACAGUUAUGAGAGCACUAAUAUGCCGUUGAUGCAAACACAGCAGAACUUGCCACAUCAGACUCAGAUUCCCCAACAGCAGACUACAGGAGAUUUUCGUUUGACAACUUUUCAAAGAUUUGAGGUAAAUGGUAUCCCUGAAGAACGAAAACUAACCGAAGCAAUGAAUUUGUAAUCAGACAAUAUAGCACUUAUAUCUUAUUUUUUCUCUCUUCCAAUAAUGCAUGAGCUUUUCUGACAUAUGGUAUGCAUGUUGACAGUGUCAAGUAUAUACCAAAUAAUACAAUAUAACAUUCAUUUUACUAAUGUAUUUUUUUUGGUACUUAAGGCAUUUUUGACAAUUUGUAAAACAUUGAUGACUUUAUAUUUGUUACAAUAAAAAGUGAUCUUUAAAAUAAAUAUUAUUAAUGAAGCCUGAA